AUGGGUGUCACAAAAACUUAUGUGUUGCUACUCACACUUCAGCUGGUGUACAUGGUCACCGCUCAGGAAGUGGUCAGACGCGUGCCGCAAGGGUUCAUUGGAAUGCGCGGUAAAAAGUACUACGAAUAUGGAGACGAUGAAUUCUACAAAAGAAAGCCUCAAUUCUUCGUCGGAGUUAAAGGGAAGAAGAACUACGAUUUAACCGAAGCUGAAUUCAAACGCGCUCCAAUGGGUUUUGUUGGUAUGAGAGGCAAGAAAGAGUAUAUGUACCCAGAGCUGAUGGUCUUUCCGGAAGGUUUCGAAUACAUUCCAAAACAUACAGGCUCCUUGAUCGGUCAGAUUGAUUAUUCGACCGACCAAAAUGCCAAUGUACCGGAAUACCCAAUUUUGAAUGAGUUCAUAAACGAAUACAUACAAAAACUGAAAUCAAACUUAAAUAAAGAGGUGUCCACUGAAUCAAUCGAUGCUUCAGAUGAUUCGAAUAUGACUAACGAAGUAGGAAAACGGGCUCACAUGCACAAAUUUUUCGGCGUACGUGGGAAGAAGUCUGUGUCGAACAAAAGACCGUAUGACGUGUCGUUUCGUGGCAAAUUCGUCGGUGUCCGCGGUAAAAAAGAUUUGAAAAACAGCGGGGCUCAGGAGAUAAAGUUUUUGCUGAACGGACCUUGGCCAAAGAGAAGGAUGCAGACGGGUUUUGUGGGUAUGCGCGGCAAAAAGUGGGCCAACGAUGAAGGCGUUUUAGAUUCUGAAGAAACCAGCGACAUGCCGAUGCCAAACUAAAUCUCCGAAGCCAGACUUUAUUCAUUUAUCUCAAAGACUAGUCAAAUAAAACAUAUCGUUAUAAGUGCGUAUUCUCUCUCCCGUAACGUUAUAUAAGGCUUAUCAUAGCGUUGGACAGUUUCUGAUGUUUAGUCCAUAAUAAAAUAUUUAUAAUCAGUAUUA